UUUUGACCGGCAACGAGCUGGAAUCGGCUAGGUUCCUAUUUCUGGCGUCUGACUUCUUACCUGCACGCAGCUCGCCUUAAGCGGCCCACAGAGCGGGGACAUGAAUGUUCCUGUGCCGCCGCCCCCGGACGGGGUCCUGACCGGAACCUCCGGCAGCCUGGAGGCCGGCGAGCCCACGCUGGGUGUGAAUGACGCGUCUCCAGAUGAAGGACUGAUAGAGGACUUUGCUGUAGAGGACAAAGCUGUGGAGCAGCUGGUGGGAGGCCUGCUGUCCCACUACUUACCAGAUCUGCAGAGGUCGAAGCAAGCCCUCCAGGAACUCACACAGAACCAAGUUGUGUUGCUAGAUACACUGGAACAAGAGAUUUCAAAAUUUAAAGAAUGCCAUUCUAUGUUGGACAUCAAUGCUUUGUUCACAGAAGCGAAGCACUAUCAUGCCAAGCUGGUGAAUAUAAGGAAAGAGAUGCUGUUGCUUCAUGAGAAAACAUCCAAGUUAAAAAAAAGAGCACUUAAGCUCCAGCAGAAGAGGCAGAGAGAGGAGCUGGAAAAGGAACAGCAGAGGGAAAAGGAAUUUGAAAGGGAAAAGCAGCUGACAGCCAAGCCAGCCAAAAGGACAUGAGCAGCCCAGCUACCGGUGUUUGCUGCCCUGUCGCGCUCCCUGGGUCUCCAGUGCUGUACACAGAGAGGGUGCGCAUGGUACCUUAUGCCGUGGGCAUGUUAGAAGUCCUUCCCAGGGUUGCUGUAUCUCUGUGAUUUCAUUUCUCUUCACUUAAGAAGUCUUGUUUUUGAUAUUUACAUUUUCAACUUUUGCUUAAUUUUAAAAUUUAUUAUUUUGAUUUUAAGUCAUUUGUAAACUGGAAAACACUUUGGUUUUUACUGGAGUCUGGACACUAGUUCAAAAUGAGUACAAGUGCUUGGGCUUCUUGAGAAUUGAUUUUAUAGUUUCGGUUUCUCCUCCUAUGAUGACAGGCCUUUCCUGCACUGCAGCACUGAGUUCUGGCAAUUGCUUUUCAUUGCUUAAAGAGAAAUUCCAGUUGUCUGGCCACAGAUCUCCUGGGAAGAAAGCCGGUGAGCCUUUGUGAAGAACACAGGACAUGUGUGUACCCGGAAAUACCAGCACGAUAGAUAUGGGUCAGGGGAGGGGAUGCCAGACAGAUUCUUCAGCCAUGCUCUGUUUCUCAGGGCUGGUGCUUACGUAGAUUCCAUCCAUUCCUAAAGCUGUGCAGUGAUGGUGGACCCGCCAGAUGCUCUGAUGGGCAGCAUGCUUGUACUAAGUCAUCCAGUGCAAGAGCAUGUUGUGCUUUUUCUUUUUUACUCAGACAAGGUUUCUACAAAGCCCUGAUGUCCUGGAGCUCAUUCUGUAGACCAGGCUCAUAGGGAUCCACCUGCCUCUUAUCCCCAAGUGCUGAGAUUAAAGGUGUGUGCCACCACGUCUGGCUCAGGGCUUUUUAAAGUAGAGUAAAACCCGCUGUUGUUCACAUCAUUUGUAAUUACAGGGUUGGUGGAUGUUAGUAAAUAGUAUAUAGAAGAGGCAGCAUGAUACCUUCAGUUAUACUCUUUUUUCUAUGGUUUGAAAACAAAAAAAUUAAUUUACUGUACUCAGUGUUUAAAUCCAUGACAAGUACUUCACCUAUACACAUAAAAUUACUAAAUUGUUUUAUCAGACCCCUUUUAAUAUACAAUAUCUACACCUAUUGAAAAAGGAAGUAGGAAAGUAUUAAUAGAUAAAAAUAUAGCAUAUAGACAGAGUGCCUCUGCAUUCUAACCUUGUUUGAGUGACAGGUGAGGAAACUUGUUACAAGUCAUAAUGCCACCAUAUCAGCUAGGAAAAGGCCCCAGCAUCUCUGAGUCACCUGGGAAAAGCCUUAUUCCUGUUUUGCUUUUGGAAAUAAUUAAUCAUAGGUUUAUAUUUAUUAAGUAUAUCCUUAAGCCUUCCAUCACUUUAGAAACCCAUAAAGUUAGCAAACUAAGCUACAUUUUAGUAAAUAUUUUGAUCCCAGAAAGCAAAACUGGGCAACAGACGUGUAUACAAAGUACACAGUUGAAAUCUUUGGGCAAGAGGCAACAAGAAUGUUAAUGGAUGAGAAGCCGUGCUAGUCCAGCCCUAUCAAACCGUGGAUCACAGCGGGCGGAUGAGCAUGCCCAGCUGCUGCUGAUGUGUAAAUUCUUUUCCUGAUGAAUCUAUAUAAAUAAUGCUAUGGUUAGGCUAAUAAUAAAAAAAAAACUAUCUGUAGCAUGCUAUAAUUAGAGAAAGUUAAUAUAUAAAACAAAGAAAAAUAUGCUUUUUACUUGUGAGGAAAAAUGGCAAAAGUAUUGCAAUAUUUAUUACCUUACAAUAAAUUUUCAUUGAUUUUAAGCUGAGCCACGGCGAUUAAAGCCUUAUGGCAUGAUUUUACAUACCAUCAGUUCAUUAGACAAUCAGCAUAUGUAUAGCCCUUGAAUCUUCCAAAACCUUAGUUUUUCAUGUUUAAAGGAGGAAACCAGAGUAGGGAGCCCUCAGAAACAGAAAUGUCGAAGGUACCGUGUAUCUGUACAACUCAGAGCUUCAAAAUACAUGCAUCAUACAUACGAGCAAUAAAUAAGUCAGACCUGAUGUCAUCAGUUAACAAGAUAAUGACUCAUCAGCAGCAUGAAAAAAAUCCAACCGCUGCUCUAAAAUUAUUUCUUCAUAAAAUAGAAGGUACACCAAAGUUUUGAAUGCUGGCUACCUAAAAAAAUUUGGAAUACAAUUUAUCCACCAAAAAUAUAUCUGUUUUAAAAGAGUCAUUUAUAAAACAUAAACACAGCCUAUACACACAUUUUCUUCUCUUAGGAAAAGGGCACUUAGUGUAUAGCUAAGGCAUUCAGAACAUAAAGAUCCUGUUCACUUCCCUAUUCGGAAGAAGGUAUUCUGUGCAGUUUUAAAUUUAUAUUUAUAAAAAUAUAAAUAUGUCUGACAGAGAUGGAAUAGUGCCUGCUGCAAAAUCCAUUGUCAAGGCCAUGAAAACAAAACUGACUCUGUUAACUGACUCUGUUUCAUUCUUAGUUGCCAGAAACUUCCCAACUCAUAAAAAAAACAAGGUAUUCUGAGUCUUCAGAAGUGAGCUCGUAGUCUUUUGUUGUCUUGUAAUAGCCUUUCGGUUUCAGCCAGUAAGCCCUCAUUCACUUGAGUAUCUUUCCAGCAAAGAGUGCACUUCAUUCAGCUGUAUAGGAAACUGUUUAAUCAUCUCCACUUGCAAAUUCGCAAUGUCCUAAGGCAAGCGCCCUGAAGUCAUCCAAGGUUUCCUGUAUCGUGUUCUGAAUGAAGCGGAUCUGAACUGAGGUCAGUGAUACUUUGGCUGACUGGUCCCAAGAAUAUCCACUAUUUUUUCUGAGAGUCAGCUCUCUACUCCAGCAGUGACAGAGGACGCUACCUUUAGAACUGGAGUUGAGGAUCCAUUGACUGAGGGCUUCAGUUUCCUAUUUUGGCUUUUCAUAUUUUUCAAGAUUUCUUGUUUGGUUACAUGAUGGAGAGGUAUUUUGAAUUCCAGGUUUAGUACCAGAGGAGAUCAACUUUGCAAACUGCUUCAAGGAGUCCUUCGGCUCCUGCUUCUUCCCCAGGUAUGUUCUCUUCGCCUCAGCUUCCAGAUCAUGGCUCUCACUUUCUUCUUCCCUGGAGAUCCCAUGAGGACAGAAGAGCACUGGAGUGCAAUACCAGAGGGCUGGAAGCGACUGGAUUUUUUCCUCAGUGGGAACGCUGCGUUCAGCUGCAGUAGAAAGUCAAGGCCAUCUCCUUUGCCUGCGUCAUCACCUCUGUUGAGUACAGCAUCGUCUCUGACUGGUGAGAACAUGUCACCUAAAUUACUUUCCCUAGUAUCAUCAAAGCUGGAGAAAUCUUGACUUAUUCCACCAUCUGUUUCCUUAAAAUAUCUCUAUUUAUGCUUUGAGAAGACAAGUCUGCUUUAUCCUGAGCAGCAAUGACUCCUUUGGCCAUGGCUGUCGUCACAGACUGUGGGAGAACUGUGGCAGUGGAAGGGGAAGUUGCUUCUCUGACCGUCCCACUGCUGCUGCUUACAGCACAGUGAACACUCCGUUUGUUCACUGAUGUGCCCUUAUUUGAGCAGCCGUUAUUAAGACUUGCCUUUGCCAGAGACGUGGAAUACUGAAAUGCUCUACAUUGUACAGAUGUCUUGUGGGCUCUACUGGUUUUCAUGGGUGAUUCCAGCUUACGUCAUACUGAUAUAUUUUCCCACGGGAAGAUCCAAUAGCCCAAGUGGCUCCAUCAGGCAUAAAAUCUACUGAGGUCAGAGGAGUGUCGGCCACUAAAGUUCUCACCAGCUUCUUACUUGAAGUGUCAUGGAGAAUGAUUCUUUUAUCUAGGCCUAUGGUUACAAACAGCAGUUCAUCGACAGGACAGAAACAUGCCUGAAGCUGGAGCCUUGUGUGUAAUGUCAAAGCUACCAUAUGAGCUCUGAUUGUUGACAUCCCAGAGGGUUACUGUUACGUUAUCUGAAACACUGCCAAGGAGUGACUUCUUAAACAGGGAGUAGUUCACGUGCCGGAUGGGCUGAUACUUCCAUGGCUAAGAGGUGUACUGGAUGUAUUCAUGGUUAUGCUGUGCACAACAGUCUCACCACUGAGAGAGACCCAGAAGCAAUGUAGCAAUCAUUCCAAUUGUAUGCCACACAAUGACUUCUUUGACCUUUAUGAUCCUUAAGAGACCGAUGAACUCAUUUUGAUUUUAAAUCCCCAAUAUUAACAGUGUUAUUUAGGCCUCCACUUGCCAAAUACAUUGAUGUGGAAUUUAAAUCAACACAUGUCUGCUUUUGGCCUUCAACAAGCUCCAAAAGCUGGAUGGGUUUACAUUUGCAACUUGACACCACCAUUUUGUCUCCGCUGUAGGUUGCUGUCACUAGGAAGUUAUUAUUGCUGCUCCAACAUAUUGAGCUGAUUCCAUGUGGUGAUGUGUGGCGGUUGAAUUUAUCCACCAAUGCCAUACAUGAAGCAUCUCAUAUUUUAAUAUCAUUGCCUGAUGAAGCAAAUCUAAGGUUUUCUUGCAUGACUCAGCCUCUCAAGCAUGGGACCCCCCACUCCCUGCUAGAUACCUUCAGUUAUAUUCUUGAUGUGAUAUGUGGGGACUUACUCUGUACGGCAAAUGAAGUUUCAUUGUUAGAAAUCAAGUGUAUUAGUAUACUUCCCCAUUUAGUGUUUCAUACACAACUGGGCUCCAUCCCUACUGUGUAUGAACAGUGCAGAACUACAAAGUAGGUAGUAGAAUGUGUCUUUUAUACUCCAUGUCACACCUUUAGUAAGCUGGAGUCACUACCUCUGAUCUCAUGCUGGCUCUAAAGAUCAGAUCUUUAGUGAUAGAGAUCACUAAAGAUGAAAGAUGCUAAAAACUUGUCAGUUUAAAGGCUUAACUACUUUGAAAGAACCUUUUCUUUCUUUAAUGAAUGAAUGGUAGUCCCACAAAUCACUGCUCUCGACCUUCUGUUUAACAAUACAAAUGUGUCUAUUUGAAAGGCUCUUACCCUAGUCACUUGCUGUCACUGCCAGAGCAGGAGUCUCUAGAACUUGCAGGACAAUGUCAUUAAAUUACAGAACGUACUGUUUUAAUAAGGUAUCUGACAUCUGACAAAGGCUGUAAAUUGUUUUUCACAGUGAUUUUUGACUGAUGGUAUUGGUGAUUUAAAAUACUGUUCCUAGACACUUUUCCUCAGUCUAUUGAAGUGAAUCUAUCUAUUUGUUUUGCUUAAAGUUUUCUCCAGUGAUUCUGGUGUACCUUAAAGGAUACGACACUCCCAGGUCUAGUUGCCACCAGCAGGGUUUCCCACACUAAAGCGUGUGUCCUUUUCACCUGGGAACUUGAGAGAAUAUUCAACAUUCGUAGUUUGUACUCACUAGUUCUGAUGUGGAGCCCACAGAUGUUUUAGAGUGCUAAAGACAAUUCUGGUGCAAGGAACUGGUAGUAUAGAUUGUUCAGUGACUACAGUUGUAAGGGAUGGAAUGGUUUCAGAGCUACCCAGUAAUUUGUGGAAUUCAUCUUAAACUUAAGAAACAAGUUGUUAACUACUGCUUUUGAUAUAUUAUCAGAUUUAAAACUAAAUCUUAGCUGGCAGGAAAUUAUAAGAGCCCUGGUUAAUUAAUUGAACUUUUGACCUAUAGCAAAAUAAAUCAUCUUUAAUGAAUAAAUGGCAAGGCACAUAUGUUUUCAGAAUUAAGUUUUAAAGACUUUUAAACUAUCAAAAAGAGGGGCUGGAGAAAUGGCUCAGCAGUUAAGAGCACUGACUGUUCUUGCAGAGGACCCGGUUCACUUCCUAGCACACACAUGGCAGCUCACAACUGUCUGUAACUCUAAUUUCAGAGGAUCCAGUGCCCUCAACUGCCCUCUGCCUGCACCAGACACACAUGUGGUACACUUAUUCACAUUUGAAAAACAUUCAUCUACAUAAUCUAGAAACAGUUAAAUCUACAAAAAAUAUAUGUAAUUAUCCACUAUUUUAAGGUCAUUGGUUAAUCAGAAAUGUGAUAGGUGAUCAAACCCUAAAACUUUAGCUGUAUUUCACAUAUAACCUUAUAAUAAUCUUGCUGUGUUUUUCAACCAAUAGAAAUUGGCUGGAAAAAAGUUGUGCUUUUUUUGAAACAAUAUUAGAUAUAUACAGAAGUGAAAUGUAUGGUGUUCAUUUUGUGUUGACUUUGUCUUGAGUGACAUGUAAAUAUGCAGAUGUUGAAUGUAAUGUAUAAUAUGUCCGCUGUGAGUUUUAGCGGUACCAGUUGCAUGCCCAAAUACCUUUGUCUGAUUUUGAUUUUAUAAAUGAAAACUACUUUUUAUGCAUCUAAUAAAACAUCAGAAUCACGCGG